UUAAGCCAGUGGCGCGCUCUUCACACCCAAGCUGUUGUGAACGCGUGAGUUGUUGUUAGCAGUGCGUGCUUAUCGGUCCUUUUCCCGUGAAAACAUGAGCUCCAUCAGAAGACCCAAACAUGCUGAGAAUCCCUCUGAAAACAUCAAGAAAUUCUUUGUAGCGCCAACAUCUGGAGUGGGAUCAAGGAGGACGCUCCAGGUCCUUCAGCCGUCUGCUGUAAAUAAGAACCUUGGUCGUAUAAUUGAGAAUGGCAAAUCGGUUCCUAAAAGGAAGAUGUGGAGCGCAGAGCAGGUUAAAGGUUCAAAGAGGGUGAAGGCAGAGGUUGCUGUAAAAUCCACAAGUCCAGAAAAUGAGAACCAGCCUGAGGGGGUUACGCAGGAGGCCUAUGAGCUCAUGAUCAAAGAAACUCCUGGGUCCUCCUACUGGAAGGAGGUGGCAGAAGAGAGGCGGAAAGCACUGUUCAGUGUUCUCCAAGAAAAUGAAAAGUUGCACAAAGACAUUGAAGCCAAAGAUGAACAGAUUGCUCAACUGAAGAGUGAGAACGAUGAGUUACAGGAGCUGGCACAGCAUGUACAACACAUGGCCGACAUGAUUGAAAGAUUAACCGGUAAAAGUCCCGACAAUCUAGAGGAGCUGCGUGAGAUCGCCUUUGAGCCCGAAGAUGACGAGGAUCAAGAAGAACAUGGAGAUGAGAGUGAUUCUGAUGAAAGCCUGAACAGUGUUGAACUAAACACAGAUCAAUCUCAACACUGUGUGCCACAUAAGGAUGAUUUCACAAAUGAAGAAAGCUGAAAUGAUGCUCUUGAAAAUAUUGAACUGAAAAAAACUGUGAUGGACCAGUUGUUUGGUCUUAAGUGAAUUUUUCUUUUUGCCUUUUUUGGACAAUUUUGCACCUUUUUGUUUUAAUACUUUUAUCUUUGCUGUAAAUGAGUUUUUAUUUUCAGUACCUGUAGUUCACAUUCACUGCCAGUGUACAUAUGUAAACUUGAAUGCAUACAGUGGAAAUAAACUCCUAUUUUGUA